AUGUCUGUCAAGGAACCUCCUCUCAUAUUCACGCUCGUCUGUCGCAGGUGGCACCAGCUCGCUUUAUCGACUCCUUCGUUGUGGGCAUCGUUCUACGUUCCAGUACCCCCUCCCUCCUACUCCUAUGGCUACCAAGAAGAACAGGCAUCCGAGAAACUUGCACUGACCACCACCGUCAAACGCUUAUUGUCCACGAUAUUCCUACUCUCGAAACGUUGGGAACGUCUGGAAAUCACUGCACCGGUGCCGCAGGUUCAGCGGGUCGUGUCUCUGCCGCCGUCCGAAGCUCCGAGUUUGAAGUCCCUGACCAUCUCCACCAGGCUGUGGCAGGAUGACGAAAGUGACAUCCAGGCAGUCUUUCACAACCCCCAGCUUUUCAUGUCGACUUCCCUUCGACACCUCACUCUCCGAGAGUUCCCUGGAAAUGUCCGCGUCAUUCCCAUAUCCUGGUCGACGUUGUCCCACGUCUCCAUAUCGGAAAGUUAUACUUCCAGGGCACAUUCGAUCGACGACAUAGCCUGGAUAUUGAGGGCUUACGACCAGCCCCUGCGACAUGCCUAUCAUCUCACUCCCUUAUUUACGGCAUAUCACCCUCCACAGAUCACUGGAGACGCGCCUGCAGCAGGUCUCCCCUUGGAUGUUCCCUCCCUCCAAGAAGUUACAUACUACUUCGCCCGAACGCUGCCCAAACCGUCCCCCCUCCUCUUCUGGGUGGAAACCUCUAGCAAUCACCUUCGCACUCUUGAAACAAGCCGCGGUCUCUUUCCACAGGACGACUUCCUUGCCUGCCUCCAUCUCUGCCCAAAUCUCGAAGCAUUGAAACUCGAUACUGGCAUUGGUCCCAUUCUGGUGCCGCAGCCCGCCUGGGAGCUGGACGAUGCGUUCUUCCGCCGAUUUACCACACCAGAUCAGUCGGGGCGGAUUCUCUGUCCCAAAAUGAAGAAACUAAGGUUCGGAUCCCAACAAGGCUUUGGUGGGCCAACAGACAAGGGCCUGCUAGAUUUCAUCUGCGCGAAACAGGAUGGGAACGUCCCUGGCGUGACGAAGCUCACGAUUCUGGACAUAUACCUCUCGCGAUGA